AUGGGAGGGCAAUGUUUCCCAUUUGUGGCACAUGUGAUAAGAGGAAAAUGGUUUGCGUUUUAUGCAGCAAUGAUGGUGAUGAUCGGGUCGGGAACAUCCUACGUCUUUAAUCUCUACAACCAAACGAUUCAAGAUAAUCUUGGAUAUGACGAAGUUGGAAUGAGUACAAUAGAUUAUUACAAAGUUGUUGGAACAUGGCUGGCGGUUUUCAAUGGCCUCAUAGUUGAGCUCAUACCAGCAUGGUUUGGGCUCUUCCUCGGCGCAACCAUGAACUUCGGCGGCUAUUUUAUGGCAUGGCUUGCUGUCACGAGAUGGAUUUCUCGCCCAAAAGUUUGGCAAAUGUGCCUUUAUUUGGCGGUGGCAACCAACUCUCCAAACUUUUCAGGCACAAUAGCCAUGGUCAAUUCUAUCAACAACUUCCCGAUGAAUCGAGGUGUUAUUAUUGGUCUACUCAAGAGUCUGGUGGGGCUUAGCGGAGCUACCAUGAGCCAACUUUACCAUGGUAUAUAUGGAAAUGAUGCCAAGGAUCUUAUUCUUCUCUGUGCAUGGCUCCCAGCCUCAGUAUCAAUCAUAUUUAUGUUCACAAUUAGGAAUAUUGCGAAGAUUGGAAGGCAACCCCACGAGCUCAAGGCGUUCCUUAAUAUCUUUUAUUUAACCAUUUUACUUGCCCUUUUUCUCAUGGUCGUGAUUUUGCUUGAGAAAUACAUGAUUGAUAUGACACAAGCAGCAACCCAUACAAAAUGUGCCAUUACCAUGACUGUCACUACCUUGCUCCUCCUCCCGCUCAUUUUUGUCGUUAAAGAAGAAGCUGCCAUCUGGAAACGGGUAACGGUUGAGAAACUGCCACAAGUAUCAAUAUUGCCUGCAGAUUCUUCUUCUAUUCAGCCGAAAGAAAAUUCUUUUGCAAAUAUCUUGAUAAACAAACCAGAAAGAGGAGAAGACCACACCAUUUUGCAAGCAAUUCUAAGCGUAGACAUGUUGUACAUCUUACUAGUUACGCUAUGUGGAUACGGGCCAGCAUUAACAUUCAUAGAACAGUUACGGCCCAUUGGGGUGGCGCUUGAAUAUCACGAACGACUAAUACAAUCCAUCAUAACGCUAACAACUAUAUGGAAUUAUUAUGGGAGGGUCUACUCUGGGUUUGUCUCUGAACUCUUGCUCACGAAAUGGAAACUUUCCCGAUCGAUUAUGAUGUCAGUUAUUCUUCUUCUGGAAUGCAGUGGGUUAAUCCUAGUGGCCUUCCCAAAAAUCCCCGGCACAUACUACGUGGCAUCAGUGAUCAUUGGGUUUUCAUUUGGUUCACAAGUAUCAAUAAACUUGUCAAUGACUUCUGAGUUAUUUGGCCUCAAACACUAUGCUACGUUUCUCAACUUUAUACAAACCUUAGUUCCAUUGAGCUUAUAUCUAAUGAAUACAAAGCUUACCAAAGUCCUUUAUGCAAGAGAGGCAACCAAGUAUAUACCUCCGGGAAUAGAUCCAUCAACUUUGAAGGAUCUCACUUGCACGGGACAACACUGUUUCAUGGUACCCUUCUCCAUUUUGGCUGCCAUUGCUUUCAUUGGAGCUCUUGUCUCUCUCCGAUUUGCAAGGAAAACACGAGAAUUUUACCAAGGUGACAUAUAUAAACGGUUUAGAUUUGCAACAUAA